GCUCGGCAACUUCAUUUGGCUCCUGCCGCGGGGAGCGAGUUCACCCAUCAGGUCCUCCCCGCGCGGCCCGAACAUGCUGGACGGCCUGAAGAUGGAAGAGAACUUCCAAAGCGCCAUCGAAACGUCGGCCUCCUUCUCCUCGCUGCUGGGCAGAGCGGUGAGCCCGAAGUCUGUCUGCGAGGGCUGCCAACGGGUCAUCUCGGAUAGGUUUCUGCUGCGGCUCAACGACAGCUUCUGGCAUGAGCAGUGCGUGCAGUGCGCCUCCUGCAAAGAGCCCUUGGAGACCACCUGCUUCUACCGGGACAAGAAGCUCUACUGCAAGUUUGACUAUGAGAAGCUGUUUGCUGUCAAAUGUGGGGGCUGCUUUGAGGCCAUCGCACCCAACGAGUUUGUUAUGCGGGCCCAGAAGAGUGUGUACCACCUGAGCUGCUUCUGCUGCUGUGUCUGCGAACGGCAGCUCCAGAAGGGCGAUGAGUUUGUCCUGAAGGAGGGGCAGCUGCUCUGCAAAGGGGACUAUGAGAAGGAGCGGGACCUGCUCAGCCUGGUGAGCCCAGCAGCGUCGGACUCAGGGAAAAGUGAUGAUGAGGAAAGUCUUUGCAAGUCAGCCCACGGGGCAGGGAAAGGAGCCUCUGAGGACAGCAAGGACCAUAAGCGCCCCAAACGUCCCAGAACCAUCCUGACAACCCAACAGAGGAGAGCAUUCAAGGCCUCGUUUGAAGUAUCCUCCAAGCCGUGCAGGAAGGUGAGGGAGACCCUGGCUGCAGAGACAGGGCUGAGCGUCCGUGUGGUUCAGGUGUGGUUCCAGAACCAGAGAGCUAAGAUGAAGAAGCUGGCCCGGCGGCAGCAGCAGCAGCAGCAAGAUCAGCAGAACACCCAGAGGCUGAGUUCCGCUCAGACAAACGGUGGCGGGAGCGCUGGCAUGGAAGGGAUCAUGAACCCCUACACGGCUCUGCCCACCCCACAGCAGCUCCUGGCCAUAGAGCAGAGUGUCUACAGCUCAGACCCCUUCCGACAGGGGCUCACCCCACCCCAGAUGCCUGGAGACCACAUGCACCCCUAUGGUGCUGAGCCCCUCUUCCACGAGCUGGAUAGUGAGGACACCUCCCUCAGUAACCUGGGUGACUGUUUCCUAGCAACCUCAGAAGCCGGGCCCCUGCAGUCCAGAGUGGGAAACCCCAUCGAUCAUCUGUACUCCAUGCAGAAUUCUUACUUCACCUCUUGAGUCCUCCCCCUGAAUUCUGCGGCUCAGCUCCCAUUCUGGAACAACUGUAUUACGUGAGGGGUCGACUGGCUU